AUGUUCCGUAAUUUUUUGAAGAGGUUUAAAAAGAAGAAGGUGGAGAAGGGUAAGUUUGUGUAUUUUUGUAGCAUUGUAGUAAUUUUUUAGCUUUUAUAAUUGUUUCCUUUUAUUUAUUUAUUUUUUACUUUCUGAUUUUAGAGGAUUCGAAGAAUGAUGACACCCUAGAUGGUGUCAAGAGCUUGCCCUAUGAGGGUACAACUGAAGAUGAGGAAGCGUUACCCUCCCCGUCUGGUCAAUUAGCUGGACCGUCUACGAAGACUCGUAAGCCAACCGAGACACCAGUCGCCCCAAAAACGACUGUUAAUAACGUAAGUUGACAUUUGAGUAAUUUUUAUAAAAUUUUUAGUAGCUUUAUAUUAUUUUUAUGAGUAGUGCAAUGUUGUUAUAAUCAUGACUACUACUUUAAUUUGUUUAGUUUCUAGGUGGUCGAAGCGAACCUAUCUAAGACCAACGUCGGCACAAAAACAAAGAAGAAGCACGUAAAGAACUCUGGAAUCUAUUUGGAGAAGGAAGCCAAAUUACAGUAAGGUUUAAAUGUUUAGCAAACACGUGGAUUUAGCUUAGUAAAGUUAGGUUUUUUAGAUUGAGGUUAGUCAGACUAGAUUUGGUAAACAUUUAGACUUAGACUUAGUAGGCUGGGCUAACUAAGAGUUCUUACAAUUUUAAGCUUUAACAUAUAUUGGAAACCACCCUUUAACUAAUGUAUACAUUAUAGACGAAGAAGAAGCGGAGUGCUCUAA